AUGGCUACUAAUAUUACAUGGCAUCCUAAUUUAACUCACAGUGAACGUGCAACUCUUAGAAAACAACAAGGUGUUACAGUUUGGCUUACAGGAUUAUCAGCAAGUGGGAAAUCAACAAUUGCUUGUGCAUUAGAACAAUCUAUUUUAAAUAGAGGUUAUAAUUCUUAUAGAUUAGAUGGAGAUAAUGUUAGAUUUGGAUUAAAUAAAGAUCUUGGUUUUAGUGAAUCUGAUAGAAAUGAAAAUAUUAGAAGAAUUAGUGAAGUUGCAAAAUUAUUUAGUGAUAGUUGUUGUGUUACUGUUACAUCAUUUAUAAGUCCUUAUAAAGCUGAUAGAAAUUUAGCAAGAGAAUUACAUACUAAGGAUAAUUUACCAUUUGUUGAAGUUUAUAUUGAUGUACCAAUUGAAAUUGCUGAAAAAAGAGAUCCAAAAGGUUUAUAUAAAAAGGCAAGAGAAGGUAUUAUUAAAGAGUUCACUGGUAUAAGUGCACCUUAUGAAGCCCCAGAAAAUCCAGAAAUUCAUGUUAAAAAUGAUUCAAUUUCUAUUGAAGAAGCUGCUGAACAAAUUAUAGAUUAUUUAUUAGAAAAAAAAUAUAUCAGUUAA